AUGCUGUUAUCUAUGUUUGAGUUUACCCCGGUCACAGUUGUCUGCUUGACCAUUGCUGUGGUCAGUCUGUUCGGUAGAACUGAUGGCACUACUGGCGAUGAGAGGGCACAUACAAGGACUCGAAAUAUUCGUUCCGUACUUCAAGAUGACUCGCUGAGAACUAGGAUUAGCCUGCCUCGAGAUGACUCAAUGCCUGCCACAGUUGUUCCCGAUGAUGCAACUAUUCUCUACAGUGGGAGCCUUCCCAACAACACAAAAUUCAUGCCUGAGGUUGGCAACGGACACAUUGCCACGGUGGUACAGAGCGACACCAUGUUCAUGAAUGGUCUUUACAACGGGUACAACAAGACAAGCCAUAGAGCCAGAAUUCCAUCUACUGCCGGGUACAGCAUCGACAAAGUUCUCCCAGCUGAACUGACCAGGUCCUACACCUUAGAUGUAGGCAGAGGUUUGUUUACAGAAUCACACUUGAGUGAUGACGCCAAAAUCUCCUUAAGAACGUACGCCCACAGACUGUAUACUUCAACCCUGGUCACAGAGCUAGUAAUUUCUCGUCGUAAUAACGACACUGAAGUGGGUGCUCUUGUGCGUUUAAAUUCCGGAAGUCCCAGUGAAGACAUUGACUUUAAGGACUUGAGCGACGGGCUCAUACACGGCAGGACUCUUACAGCCGAGUACCCGGAGAUUGCAGGCACCACGGAGUUUUAUAUGAAAGUGUCACCAUCAUUACAUGGAGUUGUGAGACUGAGCCCCGAAAAUCUGACCGAAACGUUUCUGGCUGUGACAGUUAUUGACGUUCAUCAAGAGGCAGUAGAAGCAGAGUAUGCCGAAGUGAUCAAGGCCUUUGAAGAGGGCACCUUGCUUUCUAGCCACGUUAAUGAGUGGAACAAGCUGUGGAGCAGCGGCAGGAUUGAUGUGGAAGGGGACGCAAACAUUGCCAAACUUAAUUACGCAUCCUUGUAUUAUAUACUUUCUUCUCUCCCUUCAAAUGGGAGCCGUAAGGAUUGGCCUUUCAUUGGACUCUCUCCGUGUGGACUGGCGCAUGGGAGAAAAGAUCAGGACGCUAGAGGUAACGUGUUCUGGGAUCAAGAGAUCUGGAUGUUCCUACCAAUAGCCCUGCUCUACCCUGACCUGGGACGCCUCAUUGUAGAAACAAGGACCAGAAUUCUGGAGUCGGCUAGAAAAAACGCUCAGCAAACAGGCUGGGAGGGAGCAUUGUAUCCUUGGGAGUCGGCUUUCACAGGUCUAGAAACCUGUCCAUUAGCGGAGUGUAGCCUGUACGUUCACAUAAACGGCGAUGUUUCAUUCAUGAUACGCCAGUACUGGCAGUUGACAAACGACAAGGAGCUGAUGAUCAAUGGAUCAGGGGCGGAGGCAGUGUGGGAGACGGCAAAAUACUGGUGCUCCAGGGCCACCUAUGAAUCAAUUACAGAUGCAUACAGGAUAACAGGCGUCAUACCCCCAGAUUACCCUCACCAGUCAGUCAACGAUUCGUCCUACACAAACAGCAUAGCAGCCAUCAAUCUGGCCUUCGCCAACCAGCUAGCUCUUGAGUUUGGGAAGGCAGAAAAUACAACGUGGAAGGAAGUUGAAAACAAACUACAUCUGCCUUACAAUGCUGUAGAGGACUUUCAUCCUGAAUUCGACGGUUUCAAUGUUCUUGAUGACGUGGAAGAGGCGGACGUGGUGCUCCUGGGGUUUCCCCUCAUGGUGCCUAUGAAUAUAUCCACGAAGCGUAAUGACCUGACCAUUUACGAGAGACUGUCGAAAAUUGACAGAGUUCCUACACAGACUUGGAGCAGUUUCCUCACGGGAUGGCUGGAAUUAGGAGAUGAAAUAAAAGCUGCUGAACUCUUUGCCAGAUCCCUAAGAAACGUACAGCAGCCGUUUCUGGUUUGGUCUCAGUAUGAAAAUGUCGACGACCCAACAAAUUUUAUAACCGGAAUGGGCGGGUAUCUCCAGUCUGUUUUGUUUGGAUAUGGAGGUGCCAGAUUGCACGACAACAACAUGACUUUCAACCCAAGACUAAUUCCUGGCACAACAGCAGUCAAAUUUACGGGUAUCAAUUACAGAGGAUGCAAUUUUGAUGUCCACUACACCAAAGACACCAUGACAGUCACACUGACAGCAAUCAUGCCAGGUCACCGAAGUUUAGAUAUUCUUUUUGAAGACAAAAUUAACUGGCAGGAAAUGAUGAACGGUCAAAACAUUAACGCUAGAAGGCAGCAUUUUAUAAUUAGAAGUAGCCAAUAA